AUGUCGCGACCGCCCGAGAACACGCCGAUCGGCUACCUCACGGUCCACGAGAGCGACGUCGAGGACGGCGCGUCGCAGCGGCGGCCGGGCUUGCACGUCGAGUCGCCCGGGUUGGCGCGCGGCGCGGCGGCCGCGGCCCUCGCGCCGGGCGCGCACCACCACUGGGGGCGCGGCAUCGUCAUGAAGGACGGGUCCUUAUCGGGGGGCAUCUUCAUGGCGUCGUCGGUCGACGACACCUGCCGGCUCUGGAACUGCCGCGUCCGCGACGACCAAGGCGACAUCGUCGGACCCGGCGGCGAUUGCGAGCGCCUGCGGCCGCUCCUCAAGCACGUCGAGACCGACACGCUCCGGGCCAACGAGCUCGCGUGGAUGAGCGACAUGACGCCCCACGAGUCCUUACCCCUGAAAGGCGGCGGGCGGCGGCAGUACUUCCGCCUCGUCGUCGGGGAGGUGAGCGCGUGGUACGCCGCCCACUCGACCCCGAACCCGAACUUCGACCUCGCGUCCGCGCCGGGCGGUCCCGCCGUCGUCGCGGGCGACAAGUUCGCGAACGCGGGCGCCUACGCGUGGACGCGGGGCGCCGCGGCGGCGGGCGCGUACGACCCCGCGGACGACCGCGCGCGGACGUCGUUCCGCAAGGCCAUGGCGCGCGCGGGCCUCGAACACCGCCUCGACUUCUUCGCGGCGUGCGGCGUGCGGCGCUUCGCGGACCUCCGCGGCAAGGGCGCCGAGCUCCGGCGCGGCCUGGACCACUGGGACCAGACGCGGCUCCGCUACGCCCUGAAGAAGCCGGGCGUCCUCUGGUACGAGACGGCGCCGGACUCCGGGGAAGAGUAA